AUGAGAAUAGCUCUGGAAGGCUCAUCAUUGAGUGAGUCCAGCGUUGUCCUCGACCCGCUAAGGGUCGAGUUAGGGCGACGCUCUCGUUGUCGCAACCAGAAUCUCCCGAAUCUCAAAUCUCUGUUCCGUGGAGGCGACCCCGCAACAAGCUCGGACGACUCAAUAGAUCAAUCGAACUCUAUUGCGCCUAAGGUGUCCGAAAAACAGUCGAAAUACAAACGUUCCAAAGUAAAGGCUGUCCAUACGUCCAACAAGGCCUCAUCGACGCUGCAGCAAGUUGUGAUCGUGGAAGAACAUGACUUGCGCGAGGAGAAAACACAGAGAUCUCAAGCAGUUUGGGCUCUUGAGUUUUCUCCCGAUGGUAAACAUCUGGCCACAGCCGGCCAGGACGGUAAAAUUCGCAUUUGGAGAACUCUCGACGCCACAGAGCGCGCCACAUCUCUCACUCCCAGCGAAAGCCCGCUGUUUGCCAAAGAACCAAUCAAGAUUUUCUCCGAUCACACUGAUGAAAUCACAGACCUAAAGUGGAGCAAGAACAAUUUCAUUAUAACUGCAUCACUGGAUCGCACGGUGCGCCUGUGGCACGUGGAACGAAACAAGUGCUUGGCGGUGUUCCAUCCCCCAGAUAUUGUUUCGUCAGUGGCUUUCCACCCUACUGAUGAUAGAUUCUUUCUCACAGGCUCACUGGAUAAGCAGAUCUCUCUUUGGAGCAUCCCAGAUCGCGAGGUGGUGUAUUCUAGACAAAUGCCGGACAUGGUCACAGCAGUCUCUUUCUCUCCCGAAGGCACCUCUUGCCUGGCCGGAUGUUACAAUGGUAAACUGGUUUUGUGCCGAACGGAUCGUUUGAAAAUCUUAAAGACCGCCCAAGUCGGAAGCGCUCGUAAGCCUAAGGGCACCCUCAAGAUCACCGGCACAACAGUGGUCAAGCGGAAAGAUCACCCUCAACCGCUUGUGCUUGUUACUUCAAACUCAAGCCGCGUACGUCUCUAUAAUCUUAAUGACCUCUCUUUAGAGCGUCGACUAAGGGGCCCCCGCAACGAUUAUUCGCAGACUGCUGCUGCAAUGUCAGACGAUGGUGAUAUGAUCAUAUGUGGUUCCGAAGACCACCGGACAUAUUUUUGGCACAUGAACACUCAGCCAGAAGGACUCCGCCGCCAAGUGACCCAAAACGAGUGGGUCCAUUCUCAUCACGCCGCCGUCUCAGUAGCCCAGUUCAUUCCCCAAUCUGCGCUCACCCUCGCCGGUGUUCAAGGUAGAGGCUUCGUCGCUGCCGACUCCCACGGAAUCGUAAGAGUAUUUCUGCAAUGGCCAGAGCGUCAAAUAGCUGCUCAGGUUAAAGGGCAUUUGUUGGCAGCGCCAAUUUUUGUCAUUUCCUAUGGCCGCCUCAUGGGGCGAGCAGCUGCACACGCCCUUGUCUUGGGUCUACUCUAA